AGAAAAUAAACAAACCCAUAACAUAACAGAAAAGGGGCUGAAACCCGAGAAUGUCAUCACCUACUGUACUUGUCUUCAACUAGUACCACCUUAGACAUAGUAGGUUCCUAACACCCGUCAUUUUCACUCGGAAAAGAAAAAUCUUAAGAAACCCUCAAACCCCCCCUACUUCAAACAAUGGGCUCCUCAGACAUCGCGCCCCCCCAUGCGCCCCCCUGGCUCGUCCCCCUCUCCACCGCCUUCCUCAUGGCCGGCGUCGCCUUCUGGUGCGCGACCUACAUCCUCAUGACGCUCCGCAGCCUCUCCACACGUUCCUACGGGAUGCCGAUCCUCGGGCUGGCCGUGAACGUGAGCUGGGAGGUCGUGUACGGGUUCUACGUGGCGGAGAUGCCGUUCGAGCGGCUCGGCUUCGCGCUGUGGCUGCUGCUCGACCUCGGGCUCGUCUACACCACCGUCCGCUUCGCGCCCGACGACUGGGCCGGGUCGAAUGCGAGUGUUGGCCGCCGCAUGCCGGAGAUCUUGGCGGGGUUGUUGGCGCUGGGGUGCUGGGGCCACUAUGCGUUUGCGAAGUGGUGGCUGUCGCGCCCCGGGAUAGGCGUUGGGGAUAAGACGGGGAAGUGGUAUUAUGGGAUGGAUGGGUACGAUACCACGGAGCUGGCGUACUGGUCGGCGGGGUUUUCGCAGCUGGUCCUGAGUAGCUCGAGCGUGGCGAUGCUGAUUGUUCGUGGGCAUUCCGGAGGGACUGGGUACAUGAUUUGGCUCUGCAGGUUCAUCGGGUCACUUUCUGGCAUGGGACUCUGUAACGGCGUGCUGUGGUGGUACUGGCCGGAAGCGCACUCUUAUUGGACGCAACCGAUGAGCAUAUUCAUGUGCGGUCUGUCUCUGAUGUGCGACGUCAUAUAUCCCUAUGUUCUUUGGCGUGUUCGCCAGACAGAAAUAGUGUUGCCCGAUGGAAGGUUGGUAGGGUCUCACAUGGCGGAUCUAAAGACGAAAAAGGGGCAGUGAUUAGAUGUGUAAUCUUUGAUGCAAACUAGUUAUAUUUCACUGUUAUACUUAAUCACCCCUUACUCUGUAAUAUACGCCAAUGUCCCAGCAGAUGAUUGCCAUCAAUAGGAACAAGACGGUCUCUAUAA